UUGUCCAACAAUUUGAGUUCUUCUUCUUCUCAAAACACAACAGAAACAUCUGAAACAGAUUUACAACCAGCACCAGAACAAGUUUCACAUAGUUCUACAAGUAUGUUAACAAGAGCACAAUUUCAAGAUUUAAUUUCUCUUGAACAAUAUUCGAGUAACGAAACACAAAGCGACGACUGUAACCUCUCGCUACCCGAAUCCAUUCAAAGAAAAUACGCCAUGAAAAGACUGAAAUUGUUGUAUAAACUUCUUAACAAUUGGGGAGUCGAAGACAACUCAGAUUAUAGUGAAAUGUUUAACAAAGUCAUAGAAUCUGUUAAACCAAUUGAAAACGACAUAAAAAAUCCCGGUGUUCUUGUAGACCUUUUCGCCUCAAAAUUACCAGUUACAACCAAUCUAAUAGCAACACAAGCUAUAGAGCAAUUUAUUUUAUGUUUUCCCAAGCAAUAUAGACAACACCUGAGGGAAACAAGAAUAGGAAAAUUUCAAUUGGUGUAUCCUACAACAUACAACUAUUACGAAGAAGCAAAUGAAUAUGGAGAACUCUCAUUCCAUUUCACACUUUCAGUUCCUGAGGAGAAGAAAAAGCAAUCUAUCAUGUACAAUCUCUUGCAGGAUGUGAAGGAAAACCUCACAUCAUAA